CAUCAUACACAUAUAUCACACAUAUCACACUUACAUGCCACACACAUACAAUGCACACCACACACACAGAUCCACCCACCAUAAUAAAUGGGUAAAGACAUUAGGAGAAUGGUUUACAGAAAGUCUCUGCUCCAGGCAUCAGAUUAUAUUUAAUAAUGCUCUCGACCUUUGAGUUGGUGGAAUCUAUGGGGUCUGUACAUUCCAAAAAGGAGUAUGCUUGGCAGUCACAAGGAUGGUGGGCCAAAUACUGAAAUGGAAAAUAGUCAGCUGACUGUGGUCUCAAAGUGAUUUGGCUCUGGACCUGCAUCGUUCCAAUUCUCUGUAAUUAUUGACAUAUUAGUCAGCCUUGUGAAAUAUUUAACAUAGGUGUGGCUUUUUUUUUCUGUAAAUUGUAAAUUUUAAUUCGUACUUUCCCAUGUUGACCAAAGACUCAGGUAAAAUCCCAAGGUGAGAUUUGAAUGACUACUGAGUGUGCCAAAGAUAAGCCAAGGGAAUCUGGUUCUGAACGGACCUGCAAUGUUCUGGUACUCUGCAAUCACAGGAGUUGUGGUCUUCAGCCACUGGAGCCUUUAGCACACAUGCGGCUCCUCCCCCUGAGAACUUAGUGGACAGUUCAUUUUCUGCAUGUAAAGCCAACAAUGCUUUGAUAUCCUGUGGUCCUGGGAAGACUCACUUCUAGAAUCUGAUUAAGACAGGAUGAGUAGCAGGAAAUAUUAUUUAAUUUAAAAAAUACAAAUUAUAGUAAAUAAUACAAGAGUUCUUAUUAGAAGAUAGUGAUAAAAGUGGAAUCUUUAAACAUGUAAGACUUUGUUCAAGUAAUUUAAGAUGUCUGAGUAAGUAGACAGUCAUAACAAAAUCAUGAUUAAUGGAAGGACAUAAUGUCUUCAGUGUGGCUUUACUAAACCAAAAUUAGCAUUUUUGUCAUUUAGGAAUAUAUCAAUGAAAAAUUAAUACCUAAAUAUUAAAUUAUUUAAGAAACAUAGAAAGUGAGAGAAUUUUUGUUACAAGGAUUUUGAGUUCAGUUACUUGAUAUAGACAGUUGCUAAUGUAUCGGAAGAUGAUUGUAACCCAGCUUUUAUGAAGUCCUUGUAGAAGUUUUCUUAAAGGCUGGCACAAGUUGGAGGUGAGAAAGGUAAAUUUAAGAGUUUAUCAAUUAUGAGGGUUUGUGUGCAGGAAGUGGGUACCUUCCUUUCUGGAGGUGAGAAAGGUAAAUUUAAGAGUUUAUCAGUUAUGAGGGUUUGUGUGCAGGAAGCAGGUACCUUCCUUUCUGGAGGUGAGAAAGGUAAAUUUAAGAGUUUAUCAGUUAUGAGGGUUUGUGUGCAGGAAGUGGGUACCUUCCUUUCUGGAGGUGAGAAAGGUAAAUUUAAGAGUUUAUCAGUUAUGAGGGUUUGUGUGCAGGAAGCGGGUACCUUCCUUUCUGGAGGUGAGAAAGGUAAAUUUAAGAGUUUAUCAGUUAUGAGGGUUUGUGUGCAGGAAGUGGGUACCUUCCUUUCUGGAGGUGAGAAAGGUAAAUUUAAGAGUUUAUCAAUUAUGAGGGUUUGUGUGCAGGAAGUGGGUACCUUCCUUUCUGGAGGUGAGAAAGGUAAAUUUAAGAGUUUAUCAGUUAUGAGGGUUUGUGUGCAGGAAGCGGGUACCUUCCUUUCUGGAGGUGAGAAAGGUAAAUUUAAGAGUUUAUCAGUUAUGAGGGUUUGUGUGCAGGAAGUGGGUACCUUCCUUUCUGGAGGUGAGAAAGGUAAAUUUAAGAGUUUAUCAGUUAUGAGGGUUUGUGUGCAGGAAGCGGGUACCUUCCUUUCUGGAGGUGAGAAAGGUAAAUUUAAGAGUUUAUCAGUUAUGAGGGUUUGUGUGCAGGAAGCGGGUACCUUCCUUUCUGGAGGUGAGAAAGGUAAAUUUAAGAGUUUAUCAAUUAUGAGCGUUUGUGUGCAGGAAGUGGGUACCUUCCUUUCUGGAGGUGAGAAAGGUAAAUUUAAGAGUUUAUCAGUUAUGAGGGUUUGUGUGCAGGAAGCGGGUACCUUCCUUUCUGGAGGUGAGAAAGGUAAAUUAUCAGUUAUGAGGGUUUGUGUGCAGGAAGCGAGUACCUUCCUUUCUGGAGGUGAGAAAGGUAAAUUAUCAGUUAUGAGGGUUUGUGUGCAGGAAGUGGGUACCUUCCUUUCUAGGCUGAUGAAGUCUUUGAUAUGACAUCUUUCCCAGUUGAUGGAGCUACCUUGUCUUAGCGCUUAUUCUACCAAUAUUUUCUUCCCUGGGAGCUCACGUUUGAAAGAUGGUAAUCAAUUCUGGGUUUUUAAUUAUUGUGUUUAAAAGUUUCUUAUAAUUGUGUCUAUCUCUUUCAUUUUUAUUUUUAAAUACUUUUUAAUCUUUGAGAAUUUCUUUUUUAUGUAUAUGGUAUCUCCUAGUGUAAUUUAUGAAUGUUUAUCUUAUUUAUUGGCUUAAAUUUUUCUUUUUCAUAUACUAUAUUUUUUGGUCAUAUCCCCCUCUUUCUGCCCACUCAACUUCCUGUUCUUCAAAAAAAAUAAUAAACAGAAAGACAAAAAAAUAGCAAAAGCAAAACAAAAGUACAAAACAUGGAGUCUGUUUUGUGUUGGUCAACUAUUCCUGAGCAGGGGACCUGCUUGGAGUGUGGUUGAUUUCCCCAGUGUCAUUCUAUUGGAGAAAAUUGACUUUCCCUUUUCCAGCAGGCAUCUAUUGCAAACAGCUUCUUGUUUAGAGGUAGAACUUUGUGUUCACUGCCCAUUCUCUUUCUUGAACAUGUGCAUGUCUUGUGCAUGUUUUCAAGAUUUCUGUGAGUUCAUGUCAGUCAGCCCUAUUGUGUCUGGAAGACAUUAUUUCCUUGAAGUCAUCUACCACCUCUGGCUCUUAGAAUCAGUCCACUUCCUCCUCUAUGUAGAUCUCUGAGCCUUGAGAGUAAGGACUUGAUAAGGACAUCCCAUUUACGGCUGAGUGCUCUGAAGUCUCGCUCCUGCAUCCUCCAGUCUUAGGUCUCUGUGCUAAUUCCCAUCUUUGCAUGAAGACGCCUCUCUGAUGAAGGUUUGGCAAUGCACCCAUCCUCUUUGGGAUUUCUUGUUGGCAGCCAUGCAGACUGGGGUGAAGUAGUAUCCCAGAGUAGUUUUAAUUUGCAUUUCCAUGAUGACUAGAGAUAUUCAAGACUGUUAAAAAUAGUUAUUGGCCAUUUGUGUUUCUUCUGAAAGUUGUCCAAUUCAUUAGCCUAUUUGUUGGUUAGUAUUUUUGUUUCUUUGGUAUUUAACUUCCACAGUUCUUUGCGAAUUCUCAACAUUAGCCCCCUAUUUGAAGUAUAUUGGUAAAGUAACCUUCAUAUAUACCAGCAGUAUACUCUCAGAAAAAGAAAAUAAGAAAAAUAUUCCAUUUAUAUUAGGUUAGAAUAUACCUAACUGAAGGUGUGAAAGACCUUUCCAAUGAGAAUGUCAAGACUAUGAAAAAGGAAAUCCUAGAAGAUGCUAGAUGAUGGAAAGAGCUUCCAUGCUCCUGAAGUGACAGUAUCAAUACUAUGAAAAUGGCAACAUAACCAAAAUUAACCUACACAUUAAUGGCAACCUCCAUCAAAAGCCCCAUGAUAUUUCACUAAGAGAAAAAAACCUUAAGAACUCAUAAGGAAUUAUAAAAGACUACCAAUAGCCGAAACAGCCCUGAGGUAUUAGAGGCAGCUAGAGGUAUCACAAUAACUUACCGAUAGAGCUAGAGUGCUCAAGGCAGACCUUCUGACAUGAAAACAGACAUGCGACCACUGAAGCCAAAUAGAAGACCCUGAAUAGACCAGGAAGACUAUGGUCACCUAAUCUUUGACAAAGGCUAAGUCAUGCAAUGGAAAAAAAAAAGACUUUAACAAAUGGUAUUGAUAAAACCUGUAGAAGAAUAAAAUUAGACUCAUGUCUCUCCUUGUAUAAAAUUCAAUUUGAAAUGAGUAUCAAAGACCUUAAAAUAAGCCAUAAAAUGCUAAAAUUUCUAGAAGGAAACACAAGGGAAGCCAGGCAUGGUGACUGAUGCCUUUAGUCCCAGGUCUCAGAGGCAGAGGCAGGCAGAUUCUAAGAGUUUGAGGCCAGCCUGGUCUACAUGGUGAGUUCCAGAACAGGGAGACCCUGUUUUGAAAAAGAAAAACAUCCAAGCAAAGAAACAAAACACAAGGAAUACUUUUCAAGACACUGAAUAAGAAAUUCCUAAAUAGGACUUCAAUAGCACAGGAAGCCCCAGAUCCAACAGAGGGGCUGUGUGAAGUCAAAUUUCUGCACAGCAGGAGAGUCUGUUAACAGAGCAAGCAGAUAACCCAUAGAAUGGAGGGAUGAUUCUCAAUAGAAUGUUUCCUACUGUUAUGUUGGUCACUGUCCAGCAUCUAAAAGCUUUAUCUAGUGAGAAAACACCCAGAUUUAGUAUUUGGAUUAAAUUGAAUCACUGAGUCCUAAAUGACUCAGUCAGUAAAUGUAUCCAGUUUUCUAUAAAUGUUACUAUAAGUCAUAUUGUUAAUACCAGAGAAUCAGGUUCCAUGUUGUAUCAACAUAGUGAAUUUUGACCUUGGGAAUUUUUUUAUGUGUGUUGGUGUUUUGUCUGUGUGAGGGUGUCGGAUCCCCUGGAACUGGAGGAAGGAGCAGAAUCUAGGUUCUGUUGGAGCUGAUGCUAGGGAACUCUUGUUGCCUCAGUACAUCUGCAGUCGUAUUGGGUUAUUGCUGCUUCAGAUGUUACCGGGAUUAGGAAGUGCUGUUAGAAUUUGAUUUACCACAGUCACACAGCUGUCCUCUGAAUAACUGGCAGUCAUCAGGUCUCAUUAACGUAUUACUUAGAUUAGAUUAAUUACAUAUUCAAACCUUUGCUGUCAUUGGAGAUAGCUAAUUUUCUGAUAAAGUAGUUGUUUCGUGGAAAUUUAUUAAAGACUAACAUGAUGAACAGCUAAACCAAACUGAUUUUAAAGCACAGUGUUAUAUUUUAUUUCUUUUUUUGAUUUUUUUCGAGACAGGGUUUUUCUGUGUAGCCCUGGCUGUCC